UUUGAAUAAGAAGCAUUGUAAAAACAACCCCGUUUAUAAAAACACAUUAAAAUUGCGUUAAUGUUCCAUUAUGUCCUAAAUGAACUUGGAUGCAAGUCAACUAAGACGCUAUACCACGCAAUUCUUGUACUUAAAGCUUUCUACGAAAAAAAAAAAAAGAAAUAUAACGGCUUCAAACUAAAUGCAUUAUGUCAAACAGUUAUUAUACUUGCAACCCAACUGACGAACUAUGCAAAAAGGAACAGACAUGUACUAGAGGCAGAAUGUUUGAUCAGAAAUUGGUCAGAUCCUCGUAACACUGGGUUAUCCAUCUCCUUGGCAAGGAUACAGAAGGCUACCGAUGUCAAUGGAGACAGAGGGAUGUGCGCUAGAAUGACGUACGACUUCUCUAUGGCGAGCAAAGAGCAGUGACAAAGUUUUGUUUUUACUUAGGAAUGACACCACAACAGAAAAAAACAGAGUAUAAAAAAGGCUUUUGGAAAGGAAAGCGUAUAUCGAUCACUGAUUUACAAGUGGCAUGAGAGAUUCGGUGAGGACAGAAAGGAAAUUGAAGAUGAUAAGAGAUGCGCUCAACUAACGGCAAAACGGAGUGACGUCAGUGUUAUGUGGGUAAAGGAAGCGGUGGACAGGAAUAGGCGGACAACAAUUAGGCAACUUUGCGAAGAGACAGGCUUGAGUUUCAGUCCUAUGCAGAAGAUAUCUACGGUUUACAUAAUAUAAUUGUACAAAAUCAACAAACUAAAUCAUGAUGUGCUAACCCGCAAG